AUGGCGCUGGAGCGAAUGAUGGUGGGCGACUUGGCUGUCCGGCUGGCGGCGCGAGGCGGGGCAAUGAGCGACGAGAGAGGCGGAGGGGCGGGGUGGGAGAGACGCACAGACGUGCUCUGUGAAUCUGGCGAGGAGGGUGCUGGAGAGGGAGGUGAUGGAACGGACAGUGGAGAGGGAAAGGAGGGCGAGAAGAGAAAGUGUGGAUUGAUAAAUGCGCCAGAUGACGGUGUCGGUGAGAGCACGCACGCCACAGCAGAUGCGGGAGGUGGUGCAUACGGAAUGGAGAGCACAGCAACGCCGCCAAGGGCAGCGUCAUGUGAUGUGAGCGGGGCAGAGGUGGGGUCGGAAGGCAUGCAGCAGGCGACGCAGCAGCCCUUGGCCAGGUCUGCUAUUCCGAAGAGUGUGACGACUCCCAGCAGCGCGUCCCACUUCGCCCUGGGCGCACCUCUCUCGUGGGCUGUGCUGCCUGACUCUGUCUCCAGCUUCCUCCACAGCCCCACCCCUCUGCACCACAGCGGAAGCGACGCAGCAAUCCUACUCGCAUCUGACCCAGCUUCUCAUGCUGUUGCACCGCUCCGUGCUGCUGUGAGCCCAUAUGGAUUGAGUCUUCCAGCCAUCCAGGAUACAGCGGAAGGGGAGGUGGCAGCGGCACAAGCGAGGCAGGAUGCUGAGGUCAGAGGUAGCAGGCGCCCCGCUGCUAUCUCACACCAGUUGUUGAAGCACCCAGAGGAGGUGGAGGAGGGCGAGUGCGAUGGCAGUGUGCUGUGGAGCACAAGGUCUGAACGCCUCUUCCCGCCCGCAUGGGCAAGGUCCCCGCUGAGGACGGGUGGAACGAGGCAUGAGGAGCACGGGGAAGUGGCACGGGCGAAAGCAAGAAGAGCACGAGGUGAGGGUGGUUCGCAGGCAGAGACGGGGAUGCUGAAGAUGCACACAGUGAAUGUGGCGAUCCUUGCACGGGAAGCCAACGCCAGACAGGAGAGGCUUGCAGAGGCGCUCAGAGGGGUGAGAGUGAGGCAGACAAAGCCCUCUGGAGCAGGUGUGGCAGAGAAGGCAGAGGAAGGGACGUGCAAGAUGGAAGCUGCAGGGGGCAGGCAGAAGCACAGGCAUAGAAGGGGAGGGUCGGUGGAUUUGGAUGCACGGACUCCUCUGAAGGAGCGAACGUCGCGAAACCAGAGGAUCCAAGGCGGGAAGUGCAACUUCGUGGAAGAUGAGUUUAUGGGGAUAGUGGAGGAGUUCUUGAAUAGGCCCAAGGCUAAAACCGCACGGGUCGCUCACGCGAAUGCCGUACAGGGUCGCCAGACGCGCGCUGCCGUUAGUCUCAUAUGUUCCCCCUCGUCGGCCGCUCUUUCCCACGUCAUACCGCUUUCCUCGUCGCCCGCAAUUUCCCUCAUCUCCCUCGCCGACCCUCGCCGCCCUCGCCUCUGCUUGUCGCCCGCGCUUCCCGUCGUCGCCCUUGCUUCCCCGUCACCCGUGCUUCCCGUCGUCGCCCUUGCUUCCCCGUCACCCGUGCUUCCCAUCGUCGCCCUUGCUCUCCCGUCACCCGCGCUUCCCGUCGUCGCCCUUGCUUCCCCGUCACCCGCGAUUCUUCUCAUCUCUCGCUCUCCUCCUCGACGUCUUCGUUUUCCUCGUUGCCAUAACGCCCUCGCUUCUGCCCGUCGCCCUCGCCUCCCCACAUACCCGCCUCCAUCUCCCCCACAUACCACCCGCCUUCCUCCCCACAUUCUAUUCUGCUUGUCAUACGCUCUUCUCCUCUUCCUCCCUUCCAUCUCUCCCUCGCUCCCUGUCCCUCUCUCUAUCUCUCUUUCUUCGAACCUCUCUCUCACCCUUUCUUCCACCCUUCUUCCUCCUGAGGGGAAGGGACUGAAUGAGAGACACAGAGGGGAUAGGACAGAAGGGUAUGCAGAUGUUCUUUUCCCCCACGCGCUUCCCCUCAUCGCCCUCACUUCCCCCAAAUUGUUGCCCCCUGUCUCUGUUUUUCCCAACCACCCGUUCUCCCACCAGCCCUGCUUCCCCCUUUGCCCUGAUUCCUUCCACCCUCUGCCCUGCUCCCCCCCAUCCCCUUCCCUGCUUCUCCCCACCCUCUGCCCUGCUCCCCCCCAUCCCCUUCCCUGCUCCCCCCCACCCUCUGCCCUGCUCCCCCCCAUCCCCUUCCCUGCUCCCCCCCACCCUCUGCCUUGCUUCCCCUCAUCCCAUUCCCUGCUUCUCCCCACCCCCUGCCUUGCUUCUCCCCAUCCCCUUCCCUGCUUCCCCCCAUCCCCUUCCCUGCUUCCCCCCAUCCCCUUCCCUGCUUCCCCCCAUCCCCUUCCCUGCUUCCUCCCAUCCCCUUCCCUGCUUCCCCCCAUCCCCUUCCCUGCUUCUCCCCAUCCGCUUCCCUGCUUCCCCCCAUCCCCUUCCCUGCUUCACCCUACCCUCUGCCCUGCUCCCCCCCAUCCCCUUCCCAGCUUCCCCCCAUCCCCUUCCCUGCUUCUCCCCAUCCCCUUCCCUGCUUCCCCCAUCCCCUUCCCUGCUUCCCUGCUUCCCCCCAUCCCCUUCCCUGCUUUACCCCAUCCCCUUCCAUGUCUCCGUGUUACCCGUUUCCUUGUCCCUUUUCCCUGUGUCUCCCCACCCUCUGUUCUUGUUCUUUCACCCUCGCACACCUUACCGCCUGCCGACCUUACCGCGUGCCCACCUUACCGCCUGCCCACCUUACCACCUUCCCUUCUCAUCCGCACGCAGCGGCAGCUGCAGCAGAGGGAACAAAAGGAGGAGGAGAAGAGGGGGGGGAGGGAGGGGGGGGCCGACGCACGGCCUCCCCGGGCGCCAAAGCAGGCGGCAGAGGGGGCGACGCCUGCCCCCCCCUUCCAGGCCGCACGCGGCCCCCUCAGGUCGCCUCGACAGGUGACGGGAAAAGGGGGGGGGGCGGUGCACGUGCCCCCGGUGUGCCGCGGCUGGCGACAAGGCAUGGCCGAGGCGGGGUCGGGGCCGCAAGAGGGCGGGGCCGCAGGUGGCAUCGGGGCCUGGGGCGGGUACCGCACGGGCGGCGACGGGCCGGGACGGGCGGCGACGGGCCGGUACGGGCGGCGAGGGGGCCGCAGCGGACGGCGGCGCGUCGUACGGGCGGCACGUGAUGCCGCGAAGAGCGGUGACGGGCUGUGCGGAGUGGCGUGGGAGGGAGGCAAAAUGGCAAGCACAGGGUGA